CCUGUCAUCCCCGAGACGACGACGGAUUCCGCCGCCGGUGCUCAGCGAGCAGUCCCGUCCGGAUCAGGGGGAUCACCGAAAUUAACCCACACGAUGUCGAGGACCGAAGCCGUUAGGCAGGACGUCAGGAGGCUGAAGAGUGUCACAUUAGGCAGAAUGGGGAGGAUAUUUAAGACGCGCACGCCCGUCGUGGGAGAAUCCGUCUUGGACGCCAAUGUGACAAGCGUCGAUAAUUAUGACGAAGAGCCAUCAAGGAAAGAAAAGACAAACUCUUUAGGAAGGAUACUUAAGCUCGUCGACAAAGACGGCUCGCCCAAGAAACUUUUUGUUCGUCCUCGGGCAGGAUCGCUGAGUCGUAUACUACGUAGGCAUCCUCAUAAUGAGGACAAUGGGGUUAUCGAUAAGUCCGCAGAGGACACCGCGCGUGGAAUUCUCUCCAGAAUGCUCGGCCAACUGAGAGGAAAGUAAAGAUUCAAAGAAACUCUUGUCGUGUGACUCUUUAUCGAGGCAUCUCGCUUAAAGCAAUGAGAUUCCUCGAAUGAUAUUUUCUUUUAAAGUAUGCGAAGUAUCUUCCAUCACCGGCAAAAUAUCAUUGAGAUAUUUUACAAUGUCGUUAUCGUUCCUUGAUAUUACAAAGAUGCUAGGGAAACUACGAAAUUGGGAUAAGCGAGUUAACCGUUUAUCUCAAAUACGAUGUGUUCGAUGGUGUUCGUUGCUUCAAGCAAAACGACCGGAUAAUUUGUUUCGACUGCAGGUCGGUCCGUGAGCAGAACUACCGCUACUAAGGCGAGCACACAUAAACGGGACAAGCACAAUUCUGCGUUACCGCCAAGAGUGCCGUUCAGCUCGAUGGCAACUAACGAUCCGCCGGAAUUGCCUGCGUCUGAAAAAUUGGCGGACAAAACACCAGAUCUGGAGUAUUCCUAUUGACUCUUUGCAACUCCAUUGUUAUCGAAAUUUAGAGAAAGAACUCUUUUUGACCUAAGUCUAAAUCAUAGAAAUCAUGCAUAUCGAUCGGAGCGGUCAGCCAUAACGAAGACCGGCGAAAAAUUACAUGUGCCUUAUUAAUAAAAUAUUUGCUGCUCCACCUCCUUGAUGUUUCGUCGAU